CCGUGCAACAAUUAUCUUGUAACAUCUCACUCUCCCUGCUCUCUGGCCUCUCUCUACCACACGUCACACCCUCUCUGUCCACCUACUCUCGCGCGCGACAAAAAGCAAUGAAGUCUUCUUCGAAUCAAGCUGAGAUUAUCAAAUCAGUUUUUGAUGUUCAAUGUUAAUCAGAAAGGUUUAAUGGAGCAGGAUUUGAGCAACCUGGAUGUGAUAACAUUACAUCCGCUCUCACCUGAAGUUAUAUCUCGACAGGCUACAAUAAAUAUUGGCACUACCAGCCAUUUGGCACAUGGAAAAUCAACUGCUGUAAAAGCCAUAUCAGGUGUGCAGGGAAAAAUAUUUGGGGAAACUUUAUGGGCUACGCAGCAUUUUGCUCAUCUCACAGCUGAUCGAACUGCAAGUGAGAUAUAAAUUAAGUCAUGGACCUUUAAUACAAAGAAUACACAAUUGUUGAAAGUGUCCCAUUGUCAACAUCAGAACUUACAUGAGCAACCAAUUGUUUCUCUUUAGUUUCCAGACUAUAUGUUUCAAAAAUGAGUUCGAACGGAACAUCACAAUCAAGCUGGGUAUGCAAAUGCAAAAUAUAUAAAUGUGAAGAUGACGGAUGUCCUCGACCAAUGUGUUACAAGGCAUAUGGAAGUGGAAAAUAAGAUGCUCCUAUGUGCGAUGUACCUGACUUUAAGAAUACCAGGAUGAAACUACUGAGACAUGUCUCCAUUGUCGACUGCCCAGUUUGGGAUGUGCUAAGCAAUAAUGAAGUGGUAUUGGUUACAUGGGCAAAAACAGGCAAGACAAUGAUAAAACAACUCCCAGAUAAUAAUGAAUUGGAGCUCCCAAGAACUAUAUGCAUGUUAGCGGAGAAGUUGUGAUGCAACAUUUUACAAAGAAGGUGAAAAGAUUGUAGCUUCUUUUAUAGACAGUAGUUUAUGUGAUGGACUUUCGAAUGUAAAAUCAUACUUUGAUUGUAUUAGCCUUUUUGUAGAAAGGGUAAGAUAAUAUCAUGUAAGUCUAAAUGUAAAGACAACCCUAUCUGUUACAUAGGGAUGAUAACUCAACAAUAGAACAGGACAAGUAAAUAACACUACGCCUGCACCGGAAUUGGAAGAUACGAAGACAAAGGUUGAAGAAGCCAUCUACAGUCUUGAAGGAAUAAGUUCACUGGAAGAAGUUCAUUAAUAUGUUCAUGCCUCAGUGAAGAAUAAAGAUUGAAGUAUUCAAGAUUGUGGAAGCAAUGAAGAUGUUGUCCAAGUACUCGAAAGAUUUCAGUGCAACCCCUGAAGCAAGAUAUUUCUAUAUAUCUUGGUUGGUUAUUUAUAAUCAACAAACUGAAGCAUAAACUAACCCGGAACCGACUGAUCAAUGUUUGCUGACAAAGAAGGUACAAUGUUUGACUUCAGUGUUAGUCGCUUGUGAACCAGACCAGUGCACUAAGCGUCAGCACGUACGGAGCUUUGCAAAGUAUUUAUCGAUCGAAGAAUUGAUCCAGUCAUAUCAAGUCAUUUGUUCCAAAGCCAAGUCAAGCCAAAUGCCAGCUAUGCCAAAGCUUACUGCUCAAAUGCCAUAUGUCAAAGCUUCCACAGAAAGCCAUAUCAGGAAGUGACAUUUUAUAUAUG